AUGGCCGCCCUCAACCCGGCGUCGGCCGCCCGCAGCAAGCAAGGCAGGGAGCCAGCGCCGGCGUGCAAGUCGCGGCCCCUUACCCCUCCAGGCCCUGGCACUGGCUCCCCUCUGGCGCGCCGCCGCGAGCCAUGGCUGCGUAUGCGCCACGCCGCCGUCAGCACCGCCCCGUCGCCGUCCCGGUCCCAGCAGGCCCAGCAGGCCCAGCAGUCCCAGCAGUCCCAGCUCGCCGCAACCGCCUGUCCGCGGUUGGUGGACACUGAUCGCAUGUUUGUCACCUCUCGCCAGUCUGGCAGCUCCACCGCGCACGUCGACGGGUGGGGCACCACACGUUUACAGCCGCCCCCGCAAGACCCUCCACCAGAAGAGCAAAACGCGCUGCAUGUCACGACAAAUCUGAAGCAGAUGAUGUACUUGCGACGCGCCCGCUGA